GAUGGGGAUGGGGCUAGACGGCGCGGCCGCCAUUUGGUGCUGCUGCUGUUGGAUAUCAGCCAAAGUUUUGGUUCAGGGUUACAUCACCUCCUCCCCUGCAGCCACCUUGUCCGAGCUGGAGUGGGUCAUAGCCCUGGGCCAGCAUGGGCACCGGCCUCUUAAACAAGCAACUCCAGGUCUGGAGGUCCUUCGACUGAUGGAGCCCAACAGCCAACAUUGGAACUGUUACCGCAAGCCCAGAGGGGCCAGACAUUUACCGGCUUCUCGAAGAUCCGAGUUACUGGACCACGUGCAGAACAGACAUCAAGGCCCAGCCAGCCUGGGAAUAAGACCUGGCGACACGGAAAGCCGAAUUCAAGGAGGCCCAACCAGUUCAGGGUCAAGACUUGACCUCACGAGGACCCGACAUAAAGCAGACCCGACCAGCCUGGGAACAACAUCUGACCUUGCAGUGACCCGAGGGACCAGAUACUUACCGGUUUCUCAAAGGCCGAACCUACCCAACCGAAUAGAGAACCAUCACCGAAGCCUGACCAGUCCGGGAGCAAGACCUGACCUCAUGGUGACUCGAGGGACCAGACACCUACAGGCAUGUCGGAGGCCCAAGCAACUCGACUGUGUGGAAAACAGAUACCGAGGCCUGACCACUUCGGGAACAAGACAUGACCUCACAGAGACCCAACAUGGAGGAAACCUGACCAGACAAACUGCAAGGCCCCCUGGAACACUAGCGGCUGCGACCAAUUCCCAGGACCCCACCAAAUGCACCCACUUACCUUCUGGAAUGGUAGACAGCCCUCACCAAUUCCCAGACUUGACCAGAAGCAGCCACCAACCCAGGAAACGGGGAAGACGUGCUGGUCUACAGGUGAGACUGAAACAACGUGGUUUCAAGUCUCCCCUCCCCAGUAUAUUCCUGACAAAUAUCCAAGCUAUUGAAAGCAAGCUAGAUGAACUUAAAGCUAGACUCAUCUACCAAAGAGAAUUGAGAGACUGCUGUGUGCUCUGUUUCACAGAGACAUGGCUCAGUCCUGCUAUAUCUGACUGUGCCUUACAACCUGAGGGUUUCUCAGUUCACCGGAUGGACCGCAAGAUGUCCUCUGGCAAGGCAAGGGGCGGAGGAGUCUGCCUCCUAAUUAAUAAUUCUUGGUGCUCAGAUGUGGCGACCCUGGCGAGUUACUGCUCCCCAGACUUGGAAUAUCUAACGGUGAAGUGCCGUCCCUACUACCUGCCACGGGAGUUCACCUGUGCUAUCCUGACAGCAGUUUACAUCCCACCCCAUGCAGAAGUGCAGAGUGCACUUCAUGAAAUAUACACCGUUACAAAUAGACUUAGCACGAAAUACCCCGAGGCCUUGUUCAUCAUAGCUGGUGACUUCAACCAGGCCAAUCUCAAAAGUGUCCUACCAAAAUACCACCAACACGUCUCCUGUCCCACCAAAGGUCCAAACAUCCUUGACCAUUGCUACACAAACAUCAAAGAUGCUUACCGUUCCAUACCCCGCCCACAUUUUGGAAAAUCAGACCGUACUGCUGUGUUCCUUCUCCCAGCUUACAAGCAGAAACUGAAGCGUGAAGACCCAGUGCAGAAAGUCGUACAGUGCUGGUCUGAUGGGACGGAUGAGCUCUUACAGGACUGCUUCGAAUCAGUGGACUGGUCCAUAUUCAAGAACUCAGCGACCAACCUAAAUGAGUAUGCCACUACUGUUACAGACUUCAUCAGUAAGUGUGUAGAAGACUGCGUGCCAAAGAAGUUAAUCCGAGUGUUCCCCAAUCAGAAACCAUGGAUGAACUCGGAGAUCCACUCUCUACUGAAGUCCAGGUCUGAGGCGUUCAAAUCUGGUGACCCUGACCUAUACAAGAAAUCAAGGUAUGACCUUCGUAAAGCCAUCAGAGAUGCCAAGAGACAGUAUCAGACUAAGCUAGAGUCCCAAACUAACCACAUGAACAGUUCACAUUUGUGGCCAUGCCUACAUGACUUAAUAGGCUACAAAGCAAAGUCAAAUAGAAUUGCUAGCAGCAAUACACCCCUUUCCAAUGAACAUAAUGCAUUUUAUGCUUGUUCUGAACAGAAGAUCUGUGAAACACUGUCCACUGCACCGAUAGUCUCGGGUGCAUCUGUACCCACAAUCACUGCUGCUGACGUUAGAUCGGCCUUUUUAAAAGUGAACCCACAGAAAGUGACUGGCCCCAAUGGAAUCCCUGGCCGUGCACUCACAUCUUGUGCAGACCAACUUGCGGGAGUAUUCGCAGACAUCUUUAACCUUUCCUUGCUACAAUCUGAAGUCCCCAUCUGCUUCAAGAAGACCACUGACACCCCGAUGCCAAAGGAAAAUGAAGCAGCAUGUGUCAAUGACUACCACCCGGUGACACUGACAUCCAUAAUUAUGAAGUGCUUUGAGAGGUUAGUCAUGGCUCACAUCAACUCCAGCCUCCCAGAUUGCCGUGAUCCUUUACAAUUCAUCUAUCGUCGCAACAGGCCCACGGCAGAUGCCGCCUCCUUGGGCCUACACUCACCCCUUGAAUGUCUGGAUAACUACAUCAGACUUAUUGACUACAGGCCAGCCUUCAACACCAUAAUUCCAAUCAAACUCCUGUCUAAACUCUGAGACCUAGCACUCUGUUCCUCCCUCUAAUUGGAUCUUCGACUUCGUCACCCACAGACCGCAAUCAGUAAAGGAUAGGCAAUGAUUCUCUUCCAUAAUCUUCAACAUCAGUACCUCACAAGGCUGUGUACUCAGCCCCUUACUAUACUUAUAUGCUCAUGACUGUGUGGUCAAAUUCUGCUUUACCUCCAUUUACAAGUUUGCUGAUGACAUGAUCAUUUUAGGUUAGAUCUCAAAUAACGAGACAGAGUACAGGAAAGCAAGUGCUUAGUGACAUGGUCUAAAGACAACAAUCUCCCUGUCAAUGUUAGCAAAAUGAAGGGGCUACUCAUUGAAUUCAGGAAACGGAGUGGAAGAUACUCCCCUGUCUGCGUCAGUGGAGCCGAGGUGGAGAUGGUUGAGAGUGUCACGUUCCUGAGUGACGGUCAAUAACAAUCUAUCUUAUUGUGUCGUGAAGGCACAACAACACCUCAACCUCCUCAGAAGGCUAAGGAAAUUCAGCAUCUCUGAAAGGACUCUAAUUUUAUAGAUGUGCCAUAGAAAGCAUCCUUUCUGGAUGCAUCACCACAUGGUACAGCAACUGCUCUUCUCCAAGACCACAAGAAAUUAGAGUUGUGAACGUAGCCCAGUUCAUCACAUAAACCAGCCUUCCAUCCAUUGACUCUGUCUAUACAUGCUGCUGCCUCAGGAAGGGAGCCAAUAUAAUUAAAGACAGGUCCCACUCCUGUUACAUUUGCUUCCACCUUUUCUGUCAGAGAGAAAAACAAAAGUUUUAAAACAUGUACCAACAGAUUCAAAAAUAACUUCUUCCCUGUUGUUAUCCUUUGAAUGGACCACUGCAAUACUUACAUUCAUCUCUCUCUGCAGCUGUAAUACUGUAUUCUGUUAAAUUAUCUGAUUAUGAAUAGCACGCAAAAUAAUACCCUCACUGUAUCUCGGUGCAUAUGACAGUAAUAAAUAAUCCAACCUGUCCCAUCUCAGACUCUGGGGAAAAUUUAUAAUAAAAGGAACUGCUGAGGCUGAAGGUCUUAAAUAAAAACAGAAAUUACUGGAAACUCAGCAGGUUUGGCAGUAUCUGUGGGGAGAGAAAACACAGUUUGUGAGAUAUUGAGAAUUAGGAGUAGACUGUUCAACCCCUCGAGCCUGCUGUGCCAUUCAAUAGGAUCAUGGCUGAUUCAGCAUUCCUCACUUCAGUUUUCCUGCCAUUUUUGCAUACUGCUUGAUUCCCCUUCUGAUCAAGAAUCUAUCUAUCUCAGCCUUAAAUAUACACAAGAUCUCUAUCUCCACAGCUGUCUGUGACAAGGAGAUCCAAAGAGAAGAAAUUCCUCCUCCUAGUUUUAAAUUGGUGCCCUUUUUAUUCUGAGAAUGUCCUCUGGUCCUCGAUUCUCCCAUGAGGGGAAACAUCCUCUCAUUAUUUACCCUGUCAAGAUCCUUAAGAAUCCUAUUAGUUUCAAUGAGAACUCUUAUUCUUUUAAACUCUUUCUGGAGGAUCAUUACUCUGUUUACUUACAGUUUUCCUUUUCAAAUAGAUGUUGAAAGUUAUUGCAUAUGUAUUAUGAGUUAGUUUUCUCUCAUACUUUAAUUUCUCCCUUUUUUUUAGCUGAAUUCACACUGCAAUUUUAUGUAUUCAAGGUUUGUGUAAAGAUUUGUAGCUCCAUACCGGUUGCAAUUGUUGGUAUGUUCACCGAGCUGGGACUGAAUUUCUGGUUGAAAUGCUGCCUGAUAUUCUAAAGUUACUGCAGGCAGAACUUAUUUUUGUUCUCAUGCUGAUUUUAAAUUUUGUAAGGGCAAAAUCCAUUGAAAGAUAUGGGUUGGGUACUUUUUUUUAGUGUCUGUUACGAGAACAGUAAAUUAUUUUUAAAACAUCAUUUGCAGAGCUAUUAAUAUAGAAAUUUGAAAUUUGUCAUCGCAAAACAUGAGAUAUCCCACAAAUGUGAUAUUUUCAAUAGCAAUAUACAUUAUGUUCUAUUUUUAAUUCUAAAAAGGCAGUUGUUACUGUGUUGUCAACUUCCACUGUUUUUCCUUGUUUUCUCAUAAUGGCAUGAUGCUUGUUUUUUUUUCUCUCCUUGAAUUGCAUUGUUCUUGCUGUUUUGUUUUCUAUCAUUACUUAGUAUCAUUCAAUAAUUUCAAUAAGCCCAGCAUGGACUCAGUGGGCUCUUGGCCAUGAGGAAGCAGAGUGUGCACUCCCUGCUUUAGAACUUUAGGACUGAAAUGAACUUUUACUUUUAUUUUUCUAAUUUAUGCCUAAGAUUUUGUACCUAGGUAUAAUGCUGAUCUUUUAACUGUAUUUUUCAUUUUUUAAAAUUUAUACCUAAGAUGUUGCACCCAGGUAUCUUUGUACCUAAAAUGGCGCCGGAAAUGGCGACUUUUGACACUUUUCGCUUUACUCAUGUAUCGUGUGUGACAAUA